AUGUGGCGGAAGUGCCGCGCCCGCUUCUGGCAGAUCGUCGACUUCACGGGCGGCGGUCGCGAGGGGGAGAGCGACGACGAGGGCGACUCGUCGGCGGAGCGGGGCACCCCGUACUGCACCAUCAUCGCCGCGGGCCUGGCGGUGGGCACGGUCGGCUCCCUGAUGCUGGGGGACGACCUGGCUGGCGGCGAGAAGGCGGCGAACGCCUCCGAGGUGCUGCGACCAUUGGACGGCGUCGGCGCGGGCCUCUGCGCGAGCCUCGUGCUCAGCGGCUGCCUCGGCGCGCUGCCGCCCUGCGAGGCGGAGCCGGGGCGCGCGCCGCGGUCGCGGCUUGCCGCGGCCCGGAGGCAGGUGGUGGCGGACCUGACGGCCUACGAGUCGAACGUCCGCGUCACGCUGCUGGCGGGAGCCGCGGUCGCCGGGCUGCACGCCGCAUGCAGCGCCCGGCCCGGCUGGCUCGCGGCGGCGAGGGGCUGGUUCGCCGCCGCGCUGGCGUUCCCAGUCUUCGCCGUGCAGGGCUCCGGUACCCUCCUCUUCGAGCUGUGCGUCAUCCUCCCCGUCGCCGCGGCCGCGGGUGCGUUGCGGGAGUGCCUCGUGGGCCUCCUGGUGGGGGCUGCCCUGUGCGCCCGCUUCUGGAUCCGCUUCCUGCAAGACAGAUUCCUCUACCACCCGCGCCGCUACGACGCGCUCCCCUUGUGGGACCAGGCGUACGAGUUCGGCGGGCAGAUGUGCACGAUGGAGAAGGUCUCCUACGCCAUCCGGCGGCCGAUCCUCGGCUCCUUCGAGCAGUCGGCGUUCCUGCUGAGGCCCGAGUCCGGCGUGUCCGUGCUGUGGGUCGUCCACGGCGGGAACGCGAUGCUGGCGACGGAUUGGCUGUCCAUCCUGGACGGCGUGCUGCGGCAGAUACCACCGAUCGGCAUCGGCUUCCUGCUGGUGGACUACCCAGGACGCUACGGGCUCAACGCGGGCCGCCCCUCGCCCGGCGCGGCGCUGGCCGCGAGCCAGGCCGCCGUGGCGGCCGCGCUGGCGGCUCUGCAGGAGGCCCCCCGGGUCUGCCUGCUGGGCCACAGCCUCGGCUGCGCCGCCUCGGCGCAGCUGGCCGCGUCGCUGAUACCCCCAGCGCACAUGGUGAUCUCCGCCCCCUUCUCGGACAUCCCGACCAUGGAGGGGGCGGGGAGGCCUGCUGCCCGAGCCGCUGCGGCCCUGCUUCCCGCCCGUGCUGCACUGGCUGGUGCCCCACCAGUGGCGCAACCACGCCCGGGUGCCGGAGGCCGCCAAGGCCGGCUGGCGCGUCAGCAUCAUCCAUGGCCAGAAGGACGAGUUGGUGCCUUUCUUCAUGGGUCAGAUGCUGCACCACCUGGCGGCCGAGGCCGCCUUCGUCGGAGAAAGACCGUGGAGGCCCACUCGCUGGCCGCGGGCGCGGCGCUCAACGGCGCGCGCGGGCGAGUGGAGUCCGUCCAGGGCGAGCGGGUGGUCGUGCGGUUCGGCGCCGACGAGCCGAAGGCGGUCAGGCAGGAGAACGUCAGGAUCGUGGACGCGCCUCUGGAGGGCCGCGGUGGCGGGAGCCGGUCUGCCCCUCGCCUCCCUCGUCGAGGUGGACGGCGCGGGGCACAACGACGUGUUGCUGAGGGCGGCGCCUGUGCUCGCGGAGUACUUCCGGGCGUCGGCCGGCGGCGGCGCGCCAGUGUGACCCUCGGGGCGCCCCGGUCGCGGGCAGAGAGCGCCGCCCCGCUGCCGGUUGUCAAAUCCGUGCAGAGCUCCGAAAAGCUGUGCACCCACGCAGACCUCAUCUUGGUGCACACAAGCAGUAGCGGCCGCCAGUUUCUGCCGCGGUAG